AUGACUCAGGCGCUCAGCUCUCAUGCCUUCUGCAAGUGUGGGAGGAAGCCCUGGCAGGCGUUCCACAAUCACGAGGGCCGAAAGAAAGAACUCCUCUUCAGGUGCCUCGACUGGAACGUGACAUGGCAUACGGAGAACCCCGACUUCACCCCGUGCUUUCAGAACACCGUCCUCGUGUGGAUGCCUUGCCUUUAUCUCUGGGCCUGCGUCCCAAUCUACUUGCCGUACCUCCAUCGCCACGACAGGGGCUACAUCCAGAUGUCCCACCUCAACAAAGCCAAAACAGCCUUGGGUCUUAUACUGUGGAUAGUCUGCUGGGCAGACCUUUUCUACUCUUUCUGGGAAAGAAAUCACAAUAUUUUCCGUGCUCCAGUUUUUUUAGUUAGCCCGACCAUUUUGGGCAUCACCAUGCUGUUUGCCACCUUUUUGAUACAGUACGAGAGGAUGAAAGGAGUCCAGUCUUCAGGUGUGAUGCUGACUUUCUGGCUCGUUGCGCUGUUAUGCGCGGCCAUCACCUUCAGGUCCAAAAUACUGCUCGCCUCCGGCAAGGGCGCUGAGAUCGAUGUGUUCCGUUUCGCGACCUUCUACAUCUACUUCGCCUUGGUGCUCCUGCAGCUGAUACUGUCCUGCUUUGCCGAACGGCCGCCACUGUUUUCAAAAGUGGUUCACGUCCCCAACCCUUGUCCGGAGUCUGGUGCUUCGUUCCUGUCCAAAAUCUCCUUUUGGUGGAUCACGGGGUUGAUGGUCCAGGGGUAUCGGCAUCCGCUGGAAGCGAAAGACCUGUGGUCGUUAAACAAGGAGGACAUGUCGGAAGAGGUGGUGCCAGGCUUGGUUAAGAACUGGGCGAAGGAGUGCGCAAAGGCGAAAGGGCAACCCGCGCCAAUGAUGUACUCGCCCAAGAAGUCCGCGAAGCCCAGCGGCUCGAGCGGGGACGUGACAGAGGAGGCCGAGGCCCUGAUCCUGAAGCCGUGCCGGCGGGAGAGGGAGCCGUCCCUCUUCAAGGUGUUGUACAAGACCUUCGGUCCCUACUUCCUGAUGAGCUUCCUCUUCAAGGCCUUCCACGACCUCAUGAUGUUCACGGGGCCUGAAAUCCUCAAGCUGCUGAUUAAGUUUGUGAACGACAAAGACGCUCCCAGCUGGCAGGGCUACUUCUACACGGCCCUCCUCUUCAUCUGCGCCGGCCUGCAGACCCUCGUCCUCCACCAGUACUUCCACAUCUGCUUUGUGACGGGAAUGCGGCUGAAGACUGCCGUGAUCGGUGCCGUCUACAGAAAGGCCUUGGUCAUCACCAAUUCGGCAAGAAAGACGUCCACCGUUGGGGAAAUCGUCAACCUGAUGUCUGUGGAUGCUCAGAGGUUCAUGGACUUGGCUACCUACAUCAACAUGGUCUGGUCUGCGCCUCUCCAAGUUAUCCUGGCCUUAUACUUGCUGUGGCAGAAUUUAGGCCCCUCUGUGUUGGCCGGUGUGGCCGUCAUGCUGCUGCUGGUUCCCGUCAACGCUGUGAUAGCGAUGAAAACAAAGACUUACCAGGUGGCUCACAUGAAGAGCAAAGACAACCGGAUCAAGCUGAUGAACGAGGUCCUCAACGGGAUCAAGGUGCUGAAGCUCUACGCCUGGGAGCUGGCCUUCAAGGAGAAGGUCCUGGGCAUCCGGCAGGAGGAGCUGAAGGUGCUCAAGAAGUCGGCGUACCUGGCGGCCUUCGGCACCUUCACCUGGGUGUGCGCCCCCUUCCUGGUCGCUUUGUCAACUUUUGCUGUCUUUGUGACCAUUUCUGACAAGAACGUCUUGGAUGCUCAGAAGGCUUUUGUGUCCCUGGCCCUGUUCAACAUCCUCCGGUUUCCCCUCAACAUCCUCCCGAUGGUUAUCAGCAGCAUCGUCCAAGCCAGCGUGUCUCUCAAGCGUCUCCGAGUAUUCCUGUCGCACGAAGAGCUAGAUCCGGACAGCAUCAUCAGAGGCGCUCUCAAAGACUCUGACGGCAACAGCAUCAUUGUGAAGAACGCAACCUUCAGUUGGUCGAGAAGUGAUCCUCCGAUUUUGAAUAACAUCGAUUUCGCCGUCCCGGAAUGCCGCUUGGUGGCCAUCGUCGGCCAGGUCGGUUGUGGCAAAUCCUCACUGCUGUCUGCGCUGCUGGGAGAGAUGGAAAAGAAGGACGGCUCGGUGUCGGUCAAGGGGUCUGUGGCCUACGUCCCUCAGCAAGCUUGGAUCCAGAACGCGACGCUAAAGGAGAACAUCAUCUUCGGAAGGGAAGGGAAGGAAAGCCACUACAAGCGGGUGGUGGAGGCCUGCGCCCUCGUGCCCGACCUGGAGGCUCUUCCUUCUGGAGACAAGACAGAAAUUGGAGAAAAGGGCGUGAAUCUCUCCGGGGGCCAGAAGCAAAGGGUCAGCCUGGCCCGAGCCGUCUACUGCAACGCCGACGUCUACCUGCUGGACGAUCCAUUGUCGGCGGUCGAUGCUCACGUUGGGAAGCACAUCUUUGAGCAAGUCAUCGGGCCAAAGGGAAUCCUGAAAAACAAAACUCGGGUUCUGGUAACCCACGGGGUGAGUUACCUGCCUCUGAUGGACAUGAUCAUAGUGAUGACGGAGGGGAAGAUCUCAGAAAUGGGGUCGUACCAGGAGCUCCUGGAGCAGGACAUGGCCUUCGCGGAGUUCCUGCGGACCUACGCCAGCACCGAGCAGAACGUGGAAGGCAGGACCCCGACAGCGGCAGGCAGAGGAGAAGGUGCAAAGUCGGAAGAGGAGGAAGAUACAAACAGUCCAGCAGCGAAAGAAGGGAAACUUAUGGAAAACGGGGCUCUGGUCAGCGACGGCUCCCGGUCCGAAAUGAUGAGCCGGCAGCUGAGCAACUCCUCCACGUACAGCGGAGACGCCGGGAAGUCCGCGGGGCAGCAGAACAGCACGGCUGAGCUCCAGAAGGUCUCUCCAGAAAAGAGCGCCUGGAAGCUGACAGAAGCCGACACUGCCCAAACUGGGAAGGUGCAGGUGGCCAUCUACUGGGAGUACAUGAAAGCCAUCGGCCUCUUCAUCUCCUUCCUGAGCAUCUUCCUCUUCAUGUGCAACCACGUGGCCUCCCUGGCCUCCAACUACUGGCUCAGCCUGUGGACGGACGACCCCGUGAUCAACGGCACUCAGCGGCACACGGACGUCCGGCUGGGGGUCUACGGGGCCCUGGGGAUGUCUCAAGGUAUCGCCGUCUUCGGUUACUCCAUGGCAGUCUCGGUGGGAGGGAUCUUGGCCUCCCGCCGCCUCCACGUCGACUUGCUCCACAACGUCCUGCGCUGCCCCAUGAGCUUCUUCGAGCGGACGCCCAGCGGCAACCUGGUGAACCGCUUCUCCAAGGAGAUCGACACCAUCGACUCCACCAUCCCCCAGGUCAUCAAGAUGUUCAUGGGCUCCCUCUUCAACGUCAUCGGGGCCUGCAUCAUCAUCCUCCUGGCCACCCCCAUCGCCGCCGUGGUCAUCCCUCCGCUGGGCUUCGUCUACUUCUUCGUGCAGCGCUUCUACGUCGCCACUUCCCGCCAGCUGAAGCGCCUGGAGUCGGUCAGCCGCUCCCCGGUCUACUCGCACUUCAACGAGACGCUCCUGGGCGUCAGCGUCAUCCGGGCCUUCGAGGAGCAGCAGCGCUUCAUCCAGCAGAGCGACCUGAAGGUGGACGAGAACCAGAAGGCCUACUUCCCCAGCAUCGUCGCCAACAGGUGGCUGGCCGUGCGCCUGGAGUACGUGGGGAACUGCAUCGUCCUCUUUGCCGCUCUCUUUGCAGUGGUGGCGCGCCACAGCCUCAGCCCAGGCCUGGUGGGACUCUCCAUCCUCUACGCGCUGCAGAUCACCACCUAUUUGAAUUGGCUGGUUCGCAUGUCGUCUGAGAUGGAAACAAACAUCGUCGCCGUGGAAAGAGUCAAAGAAUACUCCGAAAAGGAAAAAGAGGCAGCGUGGACUGUGAAGCACCCCGCCCCGCCGAGCAGUUGGCCCCAGGAAGGCAGAGUGGAGUUCCGGGGCUACGGGCUGCGCUACAGAGCCGACAUGGAUUUCGUGCUGAGGGACAUCAACGUCACCAUCAACGGGGGAGAAAAGGUGGGCAUCGUUGGCAGGACAGGCGCCGGGAAGUCCUCCCUCGCCCUGGGCCUCUUCCGAAUCACCGAAGCCGCCAAAGGAGAGAUUCUCAUCGACGGGAUCGACAUCGCUAAAAUUGGGCUCCACGACCUCCGCUUCAGGGUCACGAUUAUCCCCCAGGACCCCAUCCUGUUUUCUGGCUCCCUGCGCAUGAAUCUGGACCCUUUUGACCAGUAUUCUGAUGAAGACGUCUGGAUGUCCUUGGAACUGGCGCACUUGAAGAACUUUGUUUCCACGCUGCCUGACAAACUCAAUCAUGAGUGCUCAGAAGGUGGAGAAAACCUCAGCGUCGGGCAGCGUCAGCUGGUCUGCUUGGCCCGGGCCUUGCUGCGAAAGUCCAAAAUCUUGGUUUUAGAUGAAGCCACCGCCGCUGUAGACCUGGAGACAGACGACCUCAUCCAGUCGACCAUCCGGACUCAGUUUGAAGGCUGCACAGUCUUGACCAUCGCGCAUCGGCUGAACACCAUCAUGGACUACACACGAGUCAUCGUCCUCGACAAAGGCAAGAUUGUGGAGUGCGACUCUCCCGCCGCCCUCCUCCAGAAGAAAGGCAUCUUCUACAGCAUGGCCAAAGAGUCCGGCCUGGCGUAACGCGAGACUGCCGUUCCCCUCCCCGCCAGUCAAGCGCCCAAAUGGAGAGGAGGUGUCUGUCGAAAUCCAUGGUUGCGGAUCCUCGCGCCAAGGAAUCCCUCUGAAGAACUGGCUUUUGGAAUCUGACGAAGGAAGAGGCGUCACAGCCAAUUCAGCCUCCCUCCCCCAUUUAUUUCUCUCCCCUUUUGCCAUUUUGCAAGUAUAUGCUAGUGACGGAUUGGGGCCGUGGGUUUUCGGUCAGUAGUCCAAACCCUCCAGAUUUCCUUUGUGGCGCCAAAAUCUCGCAGCCCCUGAAGGACCAAAACAUCCUUCAAAGUUAGAGAGCUUUUCUUUUUUUCUUUCUUUUUGCUCUGUGUUCAGAGGUGUUUUCUCAAAAGGCAAAUUAGGUUCCUCUCCCCCCCCCCCCUCGAAAAAGCCAGCCGUUGAAGGGAAAAGGGGACUGAGAGACAGAAAGACAUAUCUGAAUAGCCGUGGGCUUAUUGGCCGUUUCCCCUUAAAAUCGAUCAGACUUUCAAAAAUAAUACAGCCAAAGCAAUUUGGACGGAUAUGGAAGAAUGCUCGAGAACACUUUUUUUUUUUGCUAAAAGGUCAUUCCUGUAGUUUGGUGAAAGAAGGCGAAGUUAAGUGAUUUGCAGUGCUUAGCAGGUGAAGAUUUGGGUCUUCUAUUCCCACACCAGCAAGGUGGUUUCCCCGCCCCCCUUCUUUUAUUUAAACAUAUGGGUGAAAUAGCUGACUCGUCCAACUAUUUUAACAAUUCCAGUCAGGGCCCCGAUAUUGCUACUUCGGCUUAGUAAUGCGCGUGCCUGACUGGCUGAAAUCCCUUACUUUUGGGGCUGUCCCCCUUCAGGUCCGGCCUGCCUCGCGUUCUUCAGGUUCUCCGUUUAUCAAAGCUUUCGAAAGGAGACAUCAGACCCUCUGUGGAUCCAAAGGCUCCUCCAACAGCGUAGAACUGUCAAUCUUGAAUUCAACUGCUGAUUUCUUUUUUAUCACCAUUAUUAUUAAAGAAAUAGGCAACAUCUUUUUACUUAGACGGGACAAAAAUAAAGAAAUUAUUUAUUUUGUUUUGUACAUAACCGUUCUUUAAAAGUUGAAUAAACAAAUUUACUUUGGUAUUUUUGUAAUGAUUCCUGGGAAGAGCUUUUGAGUAAAUGUCUUUUUGUUUGCUUGGAAAAUUACCCUCCGUGUUAUUCUGGAAACUGGACGCAAACACUGGUUGCUUGGCUGUUGUUUGUAUAGAAGGUGGGGGGACCGUUCGCCGCAUUAAACCUCUUAGAACGUUCAAGCGCUUACGUUGCACACGGAGCUCCCUUACAAAACUGAAAGGUGCCCUGAACCUUUACUGCUGAAUGGGCCCAUGUUAGGACUUCCUACACAGCAUAAUUGGACUGUGGGGCUGUGGCUCAGUGGCAGAGCUUCUGCUUGGCACACAAAAGGUCCCAGGUUCAA